AUGGAAUCUGAUUCUCCGGGGUUGGCUAAGCCACAUCGCACACCGCAGGCAUGUGACAGAUGUCGUCGACAAAAGCUCAAGUGUGAUACCUCUAAGCCAUGUGUGCUAUGUACUCAUGCAGGGCAUAAAUGCGAGACAAGCCAACGCAUAACACGGCGCACCCGUCGACGAAACAUUGCUAGAACACUGCCCAAACCUCCUGGGACAAACAAGCCAAUCGCACCGGCAACGAAAGCAAGCUCCAACAGUCUGCCUGCUAUAGAGACAACAGUUGAGACAUCCCACGGCACCGAUGGCUCAAGUGUAUAUGCAGAACGCUCCCCUAAGGAGCCACAGUCAGGCGCCAAUGCCUCCGCCAUCGACUUUGCUAGACGGGUUUUCAAUGAAGAAGAAGCCGGCCGAACUCUAACUGGAGCCUCAAUUCCUGGUGAUACGGGCCCACUCACAUUUGACAACUCAUUAUGGCAUUUGACAGACGUGGAACUUCCACCUGAGGCUGUCAUGCUUACAUUGAUCGACGUCUACUUCGAGCGAAUGCAAUGGUUCGUGAUGUUGUUUCACGAGCCAUCAUUCCGGCAGACUGCUCGCCGAAUAAUCUCCGGCAAGGCGUGGCGGCGCCAAGAUCUCAGUCCUACCAUGGCUGUGUUGGCCGUGGCCAUGAUAGGGCUGCAGUCUGUGCUACCCGACCAGAAUUGGCCCGGGCAUGAAGUACUGCGAGCGCAUUCCGUUGACGGAACGAAGCUGAUGCAUGGAUUCAUCAAUGAGAUUCGCCGGAAUCUACUUGACAUCUCGGUCGAUUGUCGGAUUGAGGCUGUCCAGGUCUGUUUCCUGGUGUCUUCGUAUUAUGUCUACCAUAACUCGCCGAGUAUUGCUUGGACUGUCUCUGGUAUGGCUGUGAGAUCUGCCUACGCUCUCGAUUUGUAUACGAAAUCAUCACAGUAUGAGAAUCCUGUUGUCGAUGAGGUUCGGUCUCGUUGUUGGAACCACGCCAUUGUUGCCGACACGUUUACGUCCAUCAUCUAUGGAAGACCUUCUUCCAUAGAUACUGGGCUUGUUGCUUUACAUUCCAUACGAGAUAUGGAUGACUUGGUCCUCGACCCUUUGCUCUUGAGAAAUGAAUGGAUUUCAGCGAGUGGGAGUCCGACAACUUCGGCAGGUUUCUUCGCCAUGAAGUAUGAGCUUUACAACAUCAUCCGACACAUACUUUCGCGCCUUCGACGUCUCCAGCUCAGAAACGAGAGGACAGAAGAGGAUUUACAUGCUAUUGCAGAAGCGUCACAAGACUCGGAGGACCAGCUAAUGUCAUGGCGGAAGAGAGUACCUCAACUAUUCGAUUUCGAGUUUUGGGCUUGUAACAAUCGAUUACAACUGUUCGAGGAAGAGAUCAAAGGACUGCCCGCGCAUGCGAAGCAUCAGGCGGAAACUAUCAUUCUACAGGCUGCUUGUCUCCAGUUAACAUACGAUGGAGCGCUGAUUCAAGCGCGCCGACCUCUACUAGAGCAGAAGAUUACCAGUACCUGUUCAAGCUCUGUUGUAGAUGCCAUCCAUCAGUCGUUGAGUGUAGCCACGGCUGCUGCGCUUCGAAUAUCGCGGAUUCCAGUCCUCCGAUUCAAGCAUCACUUUGCUGAAUCCUUCGCUUCCCUACAGCAGUUCACGGCCGGAGUCAUUCUCUGUAUUCCACCUACCAGUCAACCAUUCACGAGCAUAGCGCAUGAGGCCAAGGCAGGGAUAAUGAGGAUAAUCCAUGCCAGCACGGCCUUCGGGUCUCAUAAUCGGAUCGCUAAUCAGACAGCGCAGCUGUUGACGGAGUUACUGAAGGUUACUGUCGAGCGGGAGAUGUCUAGUGCACUGAGAGGAGGGAUUGAAACAGGCUCAAGUUGCCAUUUGGCGAACGGAUUGCAUUUCAAUGCCGAGAGAGCAAGAACAAAUUCUCCAAACCACCGAAGACCAUCGCCACAAACAGAACCCGCAUCGUCGAUCGCUGAUGCACCCCACCCCCCGACCUGGUCUAACCAAACGAAUUCGAUCAACUCGGCAUCUAUGUCGCGGGUUAGCGUUUCGGAAUUUCCCUCGGCAAGUAUCUUCGAACAGUUGGACGAUACCUUCGGAGCCUUUGGCGAGAGUGAGUGUUCAGCAUUCUGUUUCACGAGCCCAUGGUCAGCAUUCUUGAACUAA